GCAGUUCAUACAAACGCGGCGAGGAAGCCAAGCGGCCGCUCAGUCAGUCGCCGGGGCCACUACGGCGUGGCUCCUCUCUCCAUCUCUCUUGCUUCUCCGGCUCAGGCUGGGAAGGGGAGGCGGGUCUUUUGCGGAGAAGGACCCACAACCCCAGGCUCCCCAUGCCGUGAGCGGCCCCACUCUCUGGAACUAGGACGCGGGAGUCCUCCGAAGACACGCCGGCUGUGUGGAAGAAAAUGUCCGUCAGCAUGCAUGAGAAUCGCAAGUCCAGAGCCAGCACUGGCUCCAUAAACAUAUAUUUAUUCCACAAAUCCUCCUAUGCUGAUAGCGUCCUCACUCAUCUCAACCUUCUGCGUCAGCAACGCCUUUUUACAGAUGUUCUUCUCCAUGCCGGGAACAAGUCCUUUCCUUGCCAUAGAGCUGUUUUGGCCGCUUGCAGCCGCUACUUUGAAGCCAUGUUCAGUGGAGGACUCAAAGAGAGCCAAGCCAGUGAAGUGAACUUCCAUAACUCCAUACACCCAGAGGUUCUAGAGCUUCUCCUUGACUAUGCUUACUCCUCAAGGGUCAUCAUCAAUGAAGAAAAUGCAGAGUCUCUUCUAGAGGCAGGUGACAUGUUGGAGUUCCAAGACAUUAGAGAUGCUUGUGCAGAGUUCUUAGAGAAGAACCUUCACCCUACAAACUGCCUUGGCAUGCUGCUUCUCUCUGAUGCUCAUCAGUGCACCAAACUUUAUGAGCUUUCUUGGAGGAUGUGUCUUAGCAACUUCCAAACCAUCAGUAAAAGUGAAGACUUUCUUCAACUCCCCAAAGACAUGGUUGUGCAGCUCCUGUCAAGUGAAGAACUGGAGACUGAAGAUGAGCGGUUAGUAUAUGAAUCAGCCAUGAACUGGAUAAACUAUGAUCUGAACAAACGCCACUGUUAUCUUCCAGAACUGUUGCAGACCGUGAGGUUGGCCCUUCUGCCUGCCAUCUAUCUCAUGGAGAAUGUAGCUACUGAGGAACUCAUUACCAAGCACAGGAAGAGCGAAAACAUUGUUGAAGAAGCAAUACGGUGCAAAUUGAAGAUUUUGCAAAAUGAUGGUGUAGUCACUAGUUUAUGUGCAAGACCCCGAAAAACUGGCCAUGCCUUAUUUCUUUUGGGAGGGCAAACGUUUAUGUGUGACAAGUUGUACCUGGUUGACCAAAAAGCAAAAGAGAUCAUUCCAAAAGCUGACAUUCCAAGCCCAAGGAAAGAGUUCAGUGCAUGUGCUAUUGGUUGCAAAGUCUAUAUUACCGGUGGCCGGGGUUCUGAAAAUGGAGUCUCUAAAGAUGUUUGGGUGUACGAUACACUUCAUGAAGAGUGGUCCAAGGCUGCUCCCAUGCUAGUUGCACGAUUUGGCCAUGGUUCUGCUGAACUCAAACACUGCCUUUAUGUUGUAGGAGGCCACACAGCAGCCACUGGUUGUCUUCCAGCAUCUCCUUCAGUAUCCUUAAAACAGGUAGAACAGUAUGACCCUGUGACCAACAAAUGGACAAUGGUUGCCCCGCUUCGAGAAGGAGUAAGCAAUGCGGCUGUUGUGAGUGCAAAGCUGAAGCUUUUUGCUUUUGGUGGUACCAGUGUUAGCCAUGAUAAGCUACCCAAAGUUCAAUGUUAUGACCUGUGUGAGAACAGAUGGACAGUACCAGCUACCUGUCCCCAGCCAUGGCGAUAUACAGCUGCAGCUGUUCUGGGCAACCAGAUUUUUAUUAUGGGUGGAGACACCGAAUUCUCUGCAUGCUCUGCUUAUAAAUUCAACAGUGAAACCUACCAGUGGACUAAAGUGGGAGAUGUGACGGCUAAGAGAAUGAGCUGCCAUGCAGUAGCAUCUGGAAACAAGUUGUACGUCGUUGGAGGAUAUUUUGGCAUCCAGAGAUGCAAGACACUAGAUUGCUAUGACCCCACACUAGAUGUGUGGAACAGCAUAACCACAGUGCCCUAUUCGCUAAUUCCCACUGCAUUUGUGAGCACAUGGAAGCAUCUCCCUUCUUAAUUGCAUGUGUGCCUAUACAGUUUAUUCCAUUAUUUGGUUAAGAACAUUGGCGCCAACGGUGGAGAAAACGGUUUGAAUGAAGAAAAAAAAAACUAUUCUGCUUUCUGUUCCUGAGUUUGAAGAAAAUCUUCUGCACCUUCUGAAUAUUUUAAGGCUGAAAAUGAAGGAAUAGAAGGGGAUUAUUGUCUUCAGUAUAUCAGCAUAUUGUUUAACUCUGAAUGAAUUGACCUGUGAUCGGGUCCCUGUGUCAGUAAUUGUGGAUUAAUGUCAAGUUUAAUCAGCCCUUAAAAGGAAAGAGAGGCGGGAGGGAGGGGAGCUGAACUUUCCAGAGCGGCACAACAUAGCGCAAGCCUCCGUUUUCAUGGACUUUGCUGUUUGUGUUUGGAAUUGGAAAUGCUUGUUGCCUCUCUUUGUGACAGUUUGAAACCUCAGCAGCAGCUGCAGAGGGAAAAGGGGGCCAGGUCUGGAGCAGCGGCAAGAUAUAUGUCUUUGUGAAUGAAGAUGCAGCUGGAUCCCUUUCCACAGAGAUGAGCGUGUUUUCCUAGGCAGUGCCUGGAGCAUCCAUCUCAGUUGCCAAGCUGUGGCAAGUGACUUUCUUCUUGCUAAGGAGCAACAGCUCAUAUUAUUUACACUACAAUUUCUUUUUUUGCAGUAUUUGUGGGUGAAGGGAAAUAAUGAUGCCCCCCUGAAUUUGAUUCCUUCUUAUAUUUAUUAAUUACAGCUGUCCUACUUCUAAAUUGUUACUUGUUGUAGAUAGCUAUUUAUUGUUCAGUGCUUGCAUGCCAAUACAAUGCCUAGAGUUGUCUUCAAGUGCGAAGGGUUUGAGUGGAUCGUAUGGUUGGUUUUGCUCUGCUGCACAAGGAAGACGCUGAGUUGUAUCAGAGGAGAGGAGAGGGGAAUGAGGCCAGGGUCAGAAAUGGCAGGAUUACAAGGUGGCGUCUUAAAUGACACAUGUCCUGAAGGAAGGAGGUGGCUUUCUCAGGCCACUGGCUCCCAGGGUUACAUGCGGUGUGGCUUUGGUGAGCGUAUUCCUGUUACACGUUAUUUGCCUAGUCAUGCCUUUUUGAAUGAACUCAUCUGGAAAUACCCGGCCAGCUUUCUUUUUGUGCAGCCGCAUUGCUAUUGCAAAGAGAGGAUGGGGUGGAAAAUAGCCUGCAGAAUUCUUUACACAGAGCCCUCUUCAUGGCAUUAUUCACUCUUUGCUUUUUGUUUGUUUGGUAUUUAUUUAUUUAUUUGCCGGGGAGCGGUAUUUGCCAUGGUCCCCCUUUUUUCUAACUAAUGGAAGUUUAUCUCAUUUAAAACUAAGAAACAAGAUAAUGGGGAAUUAUAGGUUCAUCCCUUUUGGAUUGAAAUGGUCUUAACAAACUCCUUCUACCUCCCUGUCCAUUUCAUGUAACACCUGUUAUGAUAGUUAGAAUGACAAAGAGAAAACAAAGUUGUUCAGUCCUGAAGUAUUUGUAUUUGUUUUCAUUAAUUAACAAUUUAAAAGACUUUCAGAUACAUAGUUGACAUAAUCUCAUAAAAGAGAUUUGAAAUACCCCCCCUCUUUAAUUUAUUUUUUAAACCUACUCCCUUUAAAAAAAAUCAGCAACAACCCUGUUCAUUCCAUUGUUUUUACACAGGGUUCGUGUGUUUUGUUUUGCCAGACUAUUACUUAAGGUUUAUAUAAGAACUGGUUGUGGCCCAAGCAACAUAAAGCUGCCAGUCCUCCAUUGUGGUUGGUUGUCUUGUCUGAUGUUGUAGAAACAAAAUGGUUUUCAAUUGCAUGCGUGCAUGUCUACAAGGAGUUAUAUUAUUAUGCCUGCCUACAUGAUGGUGAUGCUGAUGAUGUAGCUAAACUUUUGACAUCUCUUUACAUAUAGAACAACAUUUUAACAGAGUCCAUAGCACAGUCCUGUAUUCAGAUGUACAGUGGGGCUGAUUUCCUAGAAUAGCCUUUUCCAGCAUUGUGCCUUCUAAUGUGGCGAAUUACAAUUUCCAUUAUCCCCACACCAAAAUAAUAAGACGAAGUGGGUUGGAAGGGAUGGGGAUUGUAGACUGACACAUCUGGAGGGCAACAGAUUAGAAAAGGCUGUGAUAUGUUUUAAGAUGGCAGCCUCAAGUCUUAAAAGAGAAUUUUCUCAUGCUCUCAUAGGCUAAUUUUCCUAAGUUUUGAUAUAUGCAUUUCUUAUGUAUUACAGUUAAAUAAGAAAUGAAUGUAUGUGCAUUCUUACAGAUACUUGUGGUCCUUAGCAUGGUUAGCAGAAAUGUGUUUUUUAAAAGAAACUCUGAAUUACUUGCAUUUCUAUAUGCAGAAGUUUUGUGUGGCAAGCCACUGCUUUGAUUUGCACACUUUUCACAGAUUCUUAAGUUUUCUUACAUUAUAGCUGCAAUGGAAGGCUGCAUAAAGGCUUCCCAGCCCAAAAUUCUCUUCUGAACUUCGAUUCAAAUAUACUGAGUGACUGGAAUAAAGGAAAAACUAAAGUCUCACUAGAUUGUGGACACAGAAUAUUCGAAGAAAUAGAUGAUUUGCUGGUGGUCACUCUUUGCUUGGGAAAAAGGCUGUUUGCCUUCUCUUUGAGUUUUAAGAAUCUCUCUUCCUUUGCUGGGGAUUUCUGUAACCAUGCAGCACACGGCAACAACAUACCAAGAGGAAGGUUUGCCAGAUUAUGGACCUCCUUCCCAAAUGAUGUACAAUUAGCCCUUCACAUUUGCUGAGAUUAGGGGCACAGGACUCUCACAAAAGUGAAAACCAUGAAUAAAGAAAUUGCUUUUUAUUUUACCUGAGAGAACUCUUCUCUGGGAAUUUCUAAGUCUCCAGCACAAUUUAUGGUCAAAUGCCAUAGGAAGAACAGAUUUAAUCAAAUCCAUGAAUAAUUAAACUCACAACAGUUAAAGCCAGAGAUGUGGAGAGAUGACUCCAUUGUCAGAUGGUUAAAAACUGGAAAAGACAUUAGAACAGUAAUUUUUAACCCAUGUCCUGACAUUAAAUUUGGUUUUGAUAAAGAGUCUCUCGGCACAAAUACUUUAAGCAAGACUUGUUGCUCAGUUGCAUUGGGAUUGCAGCCCCCUUAGUUCUUGCAAAGUUUACGUGCAAAUAAAAUGUCUCUAAAGCACUGCUGAACUGUGAAAGCUUUUUUAAAAAUACUCCUUUAGUACAGGCAUAAAUCUCAGAGUACUUUGAAUGAAGGGUCCAAAAAUUCCUUUGUUUUCCUUGUUGAGAGAAGGGACAGAAUUUUGCCUGCAGCAGCUCUCGAUACAGCUGUCUAGCUUAUGACACAAAUCUGGUUUGUAAUACCAUCCAAUUUCCUAAAGUGUCUGAAGUUUCUGAAGUUGUAUUUCAAAGCAGUGGUUUGCUUUUAAGUCCUAGGAUUUAAUUCCUGGGUAUAAGUUGAAGGAAACUGAAAAAGCAGGGUGGGCCUCUAGCCCUGUCGGCAAAUACUUUGGGUUCCCCUCCUUUGAAUUGACGUGGGAAUCCUGACCUCCUACUUGGCGAUUCCAGUCAGAGAAGCAGCCCACACUUCUGAGACAAAUGCAAUUCACACUAGAGUGCGCACAAAAACCCCUUGGCAUAAGACUGAAAGUUCUUCCCGUUUUGUGGUCCGGUUGCUGUGGAAACGCACAACAAAGGGCAGCCUACCACUUCUGGUAUAAUUGUGUAGUCCCUUUUCUGUAGGCCUGACACCUGUCUGAAUAAAGAGUGAUUAGAGCUGAAUAGUGUCCCUUGUCUGACAAUUGAAGAUGCGGUUCACGUACAGCACCGACAACAACAAAAAGGAAAGCAAAGAAGUAAAAAUGUCUAUGUUGUGUCUCUUUGUUUGCAACUACGUUUUGAAGUUUUGUAAAACUGCAUUUUUUUUCACAAUGUGAAACUGAAGGUCAAUAAAUUAUUAGAGAUUUUCUCUUCAAAGAAUAA